AUGUGGUCAACCAUUAAGUAUCUAUUCCGCUUUUACGUCAACGGUGUCAAGCAAAUCUGGCGCAAUCGCGAGAGGGUCCACCAAAUACGGGCGGACGUUCGUGAGACCAAUCGUGAUUUCACUUGGGAAGAGAUGCAAAUGAUCCGUACUCACUCCUCUGAUAUGGUGAAACUCCCCUUGUUCCUGCUGAUCUUGGUCACCGUGGAAGAGCUUCUUCCGUUGAUGGUCAUUUAUACCCCGUUCCUUCUACCGUCUACUUGUAUCUUACCGAGUCAAAAGGCCAAGAUUCAGAAGCAGUUUGAAGUGAAGCGACGGUCUGCUCUGUUUAAACUGCACGAUCUUAUUCCAUCCAUGGACGGAUUCACACCUGCAGAGCCCUCCGUGCAGGCAGCUGUCGCCACUCUGCCAGGACCUGUUGUCCAGGAGCUUAUAUCAUGGGGCGGUUUGACGCUGCAACGGGGCCGAAUUGUCAAGCACAUUGAACGGCUGCAGGAAGAUGACAAGCGCCUGAAAGUAUCAGACACCUUCAACUCGUCUGAAGAUGCAUCCGAGCUGCUUUCCCUUGCUUGUCAAGAGCGUGGCCUCUGUGCAAUUCAUGUAUCGCCACCCGAUAUGCGCCAAAGCCUCCAAACCUGGUUCGACAAAUCUAACAGUGAUCUGGAGAAUCAAGCUCUACGCAUGACACUGCUCCCGAUGCAAUUUCCUCUCCUUCCUCCCACACCUGAAGAACCUGACGUCGCUGAGGCUCUAUCUGAUGAACAGCGAAGUGUAGCUGAGAAGAAAUCGACAGUGAUUGAAGAAGUGGUCGAAGAAGAGAAGCGCCGCGAAUCAAAGUCGCCAUAG